UUUGUUUUCAUAGGAAGUCUCUCUGUACUGGAUAGUCUAUUCGACAACUGUUUUGCGCAUGGUUCCAAGAAGCAAUGACCACAAAAGAAGCUCAUUUCGACAAUGCAAAUGAAGUGGAGUUUGCGGAACCGGAUAGUGCCUCCGAUCCUGAUGAUGAGGGCUUUGAAGAAUAUCACCAGGAUGGUGGCCAACAAAGAUUGAGCACAGCGACAUCAAAAUCCAAUGAGGCUACUUCUGUUGAGAGUAGUGAUAAAGCUUCGAAGACAAAGCAUAGAAGUCGUAAGAAGAGAGCUUUGUCGCCUUUGUUGGAUCUGCUUGAUGUGGCCCCUGCUGUAUCGAAGAACUUCUCUCCUAAUGGAGGUACGCCAUAUCUGUCAUACGACGAAGAGACAUGGAAUCCCCAAUUCUUAUAUCGCUUACCAGCAGACAUAGCUUUGAAUGCCAUACGCGAACGAGGCACGGAAGGAGUUGGACGUAUUGAAAUCGGUAAAAAGAUGGGAAUGGAUACGACAACAAAGGCUGGCAACCGCCGUGUAUCCGCUUACAUUCUGACGGUUUGCAACGAACAUCCAGACCAUUUUGGACAGUAUCAGAAAAUGGAGGGGAAAUUCAGAUGCAUCAAGUACUACUGGAAGGCCGAUAGCCAACCAGAGCAGUUCACAAGAUUAUUUGAAGAAUUCGAAAGAUUAGCUGGGACUCCCUGCCCAUUUAAGCUUGGUCAAGUCGUCAAAUUUCCAAAUUGCAAUCUCAGUACAUUGCGUAUAUCUGACGUAACCUUGCAUCGUUUGAUCGAUCUGUUGGAUCUGGUUGAUCGCCAUAGAGUCUUGGUUACAUUUCAUAGAAUGAUCAAAGCUAUCAGUGAACGAGAGCUUGCUCGUGGAUAUGAUUUUACAAUCGACAAAAAGUCACUUGUGAAGUGUCUCAAAGCACUGGAAAGUGUGCAACUCAUUACAAUGUUCGAUACUUUAGUGGUAGCUGAAAGCGUUGAAAAUAAAGUACGUAUUGUCUGUCACCGUGAUAUUCACUCCGCGGACGAUCCAGAAGUGAUACAAGUUAUACAAGCAACAGUUGACGAAUAUCACAAAGAGGGUCGCGUCUUCCCGCAUGGUCAGCUGAGAUUCUCCGUGAAGAAGAGGGCGGAAGUGGAAGCCCGCAAGUCAUCAGCUGACUCACUAGCAGCAGUAAAUAGUGACUGUAGCAACGGAAUAGAUUUGAAGCUGCGAUAUAGCUUACUUCGACUGCAGACUUCGCUCUCAGCAGUGCUGAGGAAAGCAGAAACAAAUGAAGUACGUGUUGUAGCGGAUAAAGCAGGCGGGAAAGAAGGUGAUGCAGAGCAAACGUCCGGUCCUAGUCCCAAAAACAAAAAAGAAAGUCAUCUUGAUGCUGCUGACGUCUCCCUCAUAGGCGAGGGUUCCGAGCUUGUGAGCAGCAUCGAUUACGGUUACCAAUCGAAAGCACUCAGACUUUUCAUACUACAUGAACUCGCCUUUGCAUUCGUGCAUAGUCACCCAGAGGGUACAAAACCGACAGUUUAUGAUUUGUUUCCACCUGGUGAGAGCUUUGCUACAUAUCCGGAGCGAUCUGUGGACGAACUCACAGUUUAUGUGGACGAAGAGUCUCCUUUACGCUUUCUUCCACCUAUGCCACCUUUUACCGAUAUUGCAAGAGGAUGGUUCAUGCUUCACGACUUCUUUGUAGCGAUGCCUCUGUCCGUAUUUGUUUCAAUAGCGUAUGUGAAUCGGAGUGUCGAUAGAAAACUGCUCCUGAGUUACCUAUGCGAUCCUAUCAAGAGGCAUAUACCAAUCGGCUGCUUGCCACUUGACCUCCGUAUGGCAGUUCUGAAAGACAAAAAGGUUGCGCGCCAGAUCGAGCACAUCCUGCUCACAUUGGCAGCAAUGGGACUAAUGGCUGUUGCAGCCAGUCCUGACCCGAAAUGCUUCCCAUUCGCGCGUGCAACCGUAUUUUAUGUUAGCAAGAGAGCUGCGCUGUACGACACAAGCACAAGUGGUAGAGGUUACGCAACUGUUACCUUGCCUCUCUCUAAUUAUGACAGAUACAGCUACGAAUUCAAUACUACCGACGAUGUGGUUCUUUUCUGGCACCAUCUUCGAGCAAUAGUGCAGUCCACCCCGCUCUCAUUUCGAAACGAUGUGAACUCUGAAGAAGUCAGUCAAGCACGCCACAAGAAAUACAGUUUGGGCCAGUUUGAGAAGGCUCUUGUUACUGUGGAUCCUAAUAGCGAGAUUGACGAGCUUAUCCCUUUGGGUCCUCAUGAAGGUUGCGCUGGAUUCGAUUCUGCAUUAUACCUGCAUUUGAAACGUCAUUGGGAUAUAGAUCCUCGGCAAAACUCCUACGUUGGUUGGUUCAUAGCGCGAUUCCGAAGGCAGUCUGAUAAAAUGCGACAUGUCGUUGAGUCUAGGGUGGCAAAUUUGAAGAAGGAUUGGAAUAGUUAUGUGAAAAGUCUCAUGCCCAGCGAGCUGGAACUCACAAAGACCAAAAAGAACAUGCAUAAGGCAGCGUCCAACGAAGGUAUGGUUCCAGCCGCAACUCGUUCAGUCACUAUUGAUCCGGUGAAAAAGAGGCCACCUCAGAAGAAAGCAGCUCCGACGAAGAAGAAACGUCCUAUGGACAGUGUCGAUAUUGUCAGCGCGCAAAAUCGUCUACACCUUCGCAGUCGAUUCAGCUCGCGUGAAAGAGAUUUGCUGAUUAUGAUUCGAGCAGUUGGGUUCUUUUUGAAUCCAGUUUACCGAUUCUGGCUCGAUCCUGCAGUUGUGAGAGAUAUUAUGCAUGAGUAUAUACCGGAAUCCCGCAGUAAAACGGUGCAAUCACUUAUGGCAGCUGGAGUGCGUGAAAUGGUGCGGCCUGCGCGACUGGCUUAUCUGCAAAGAAUCGUUCGCAACCUUUCGACAUUCCAGGAAAUGCGAGAUCUGCGCUUCCAACUGGCUUCGGCACCUCUUUCAACUGCUGAAUCUAAAACCUCAUUCUUCAAGAAUGCUUUCGAUAUUGCAAAUCGACUUUUGUACAUAGAACAUCAAGCUUUGCCGGUGACAGCAACUUCAAAUAAACAGUUUGAGGCAUAUCUGAGGAACAGCCAUAUGAUCGUCUCCGCUGAACAGUCUUUGAUGAGCCCAGUACCACUGCGAUCACAGACCCCCAAAUCGCUCACACAUAUUCAUCACUGCGUGGCUGUGAACAUCCUGUUGUCAAUCCUUAUCCAUUCUACUGAUGGCGCUUUCUCGGAAUCGAUCUUAGACCAGAUAUCGGCAGCUGUAAUUUCAAAGGCUUUGCAGAUCCUUCGGUCGGAUGGCUUAGUGUCAAGAUCACGAGCGCUUGAUCCCCAUCUGAUGGUUAUUACUAGAAACCAGGCAAUGAUAUCAUACUACUUCCGCCACUUCUUUACACAUCGCUUCCAUCCAGACACAAUCGAACAGACUUUAUCUGUCUGCAAUUCCUUCGAUGAUAAUAUUGAGGGUAGCGAAGAAGUACAAGGAGAUCUUCCUGGUGCUCUCAUUGCCGCUGCAUCAUCGUUUUGCAAUAAUGGUUAUCUGGAAGUUUCCGUGGAUGAGGACGUCUUUCAAAUGUUUGAGCAAGCAGCGCUAGACCAAGGAACUGGACCUCAAUCCAUCAAGCAGAUCAGAUAUCUGGAAAAUACCGAUCUUCAUCUAGAACAGAUCCAUGUCUACGGAGGAAUGACAUCUGAUUUACCGAUCCUUCCUACAUGGCAGUCACUACUGGCAUUGAUCGACUGGUCCCAACCCGCUGAUAAGCACCCGCCGUUGCCCUUCGAAGAAUUUCUUUUGGAUAUUCCCGUAUCUGAGCGGAAAAUUCUGCGGGCUGUCUACAAGCCGAUUUCUUCUUCUGGAGCUUUUGGAGCAACGAUGGGUGAUUUGAAGAAAGCUACCGAUCUAACGGCGGAAUCACUCAGGAAGACUUUGAAAGAUUUGAUGAAUGCAUGUCAAAUAAUGUGUGUAGGAGUGGAUGAGCAUCGAUGGAUAGCUGCUGAAUUCUCUACUGCAUGGUGUUUGAAUGUUUCAGGAAGACUUGUCACGCCACGUCCAUGGACCAUGCCAUCAGGUGAGAUAUGUCCAGCAACUGUGCGAUGGAUGGCUGAGAGUGUUCUGAUGACGGUAGUAACAUCACCAGGAAUAACUUUGAAAGAAAUAUGUUUCCGUCUUGAGUUUGCCCUACAAGCUGCUGCUAUACAUGAUUUGGUGAUGGUUCUGAAGGAAGCUCAUUGUUUGCUGGAAGUGGUGGAAGCGUUCGAAAACAUGACAUUAUCAUCACCUUUCCAAAAAGAGAAUCCCGAAGAAUUCGUUACCUAUCUCCUUCCGGCUGCCGGUUGUUUCGAAACCUUUGCAAGAAUAUUUGGAGGCAUUUCAUUGCUGCCAGCCAUGACAGGACGAACUGAUGGAGAAAAGGAGGAGGAAUUCGGAAGGGAUGCCGACAGAAGUAGUGUAGGCGAAAAAGAGGUUAACGUCACGCUUCCCGUUGUUGAGAGAGCACUAUAGCAAGCAUACAGAUUUCUAAGCUGUACUUUGUUACUUCGUUGUUAUUGAUUUAGUUUGUUACGUUUACUAUGGAGUUGGCAGAAAGGUCAGCUAUUUUUUGACCAGUUUAUUGCGAUCUCACUUUGCUUAGAAUCGUUGAUUUCUUUUUUGUGAACUUG